ACAUACACUAAACCUCAAGAGAUACACAAGCCCAAAGCAGCUAGUUGCAGUCAUGAAGGUGUUUAUGGUACUAGUCGUCGCAGCGCUCUCUGGCUGCCAUGCCAACCUUUUCUAUGCUGAUGCUCCCAAGCCACAGUUGGAAGUGCUGAGCGAUGUUUUCUGGGAUUACAUUGCCAAGGCCACACAGACAGCUGAUGAUACACUCCAGAUGAUAAGAAACUCUCCAAUUGGACAAGAAGUCAAUGCCCGGCUGACAGAAAGCGCUGACUUAGCCAGCAAGUAUGCAGUCACCCUCCAGGAACAGCUUCAGCCUGCAGCCCAGGACCUGAUCACCAAAGUUACCACAGAGGCUGAUGUGUUGAGAGAACGUGUCACGCAGGAACUAAACACAGUCAAGGAGAAGCUCCAGCCCUACACUGAGAACAUGCAGAUCCAGGUUCAUCAGAGAGUGGAGCAGCUCAAGCAAGAGUUGGUUACUUAUGCAGAUUCCCUGGACUCUGAAGCCCUAAGGACCACCCUGAUGCAGAAGAGUGAGGAGCUAAAGACCAGCUUGGAGCAGAGUGUAAAGGAUCUGCAGUCUCAACUGGGUCCCUACACAGAUGACCUGAAGCAGAAAGUGGACCAGCACCUGCGGGACUUCCAAAAACGUGUUGCCCCUAUGACUGAAAAAGUCCAUGUAGAGCUCACUCACAGAGCGCACCUGGUGAAACAAAUGGUUGCCCCUUAUGCAGAAGACCUUAAGGAAAAGCUCGACCCCUAUGCCCAAGACCUCCAGGCCCAACUCAUGUCCCUCUACCAGUCCUUUGUCAACACAAACUAAGUCACCCUCCAUCUACUAUAUCAUUUUCAAAGACUUGCUGGUCUACCUCUGUUUUGAAGAAAUACAAUAAUUGAAUAUCUGACAAUAUUAAAGUCUUUGCACCCCACCCUCCACCACAUUAUUUAUGGAUAAGUGCAAACAUAUUAAAACAAAUCCCUGCACUUAUCAAAAAUGUAAAUAUUCAGUUUUUAUUGUGUUGUGACGUUUGAAACUGUGACCCUUUUGUAAUUUCACUAAGUUAUCUGAAAUAAAUACAAAA